GCUAGCCGAGAAACAACAAUAUCCCUUCUUUUGUGCAGUGUACGUAAGUGUAUGUUCAAUACUUGUGCCAAGUUUCCUGCAGAACGAGAUGACGUUAGUUAAUUACUUAAGUAAUUAAUUAAUUAAAAGUUUGAAAAUGCCAGAGAUGAGACUAGUUUCGUUCUCGACCGGUAAAAACGACGCGGGAAUACAACGUGCUAAAGGGUACGUGUACAUGAAUGGGGACAUUGGGAAGCUCCCAUCAGGGGCGGGAUACCCAACCACCCCUGAGUCCCUGGGUACAGUGGGGGGUGCACCAACCAAUAGUACAACCGGCCUAGAUUAUAGCGUCAUGAACGGAGGUCCUAGUGCAGAAUUGAUGUUAGAACAAGGUGCUAGCAGCCUAAGUCCGGCGCAGCAACAUGCCAUGAACAUGGGAGGGGCAGCUGCUUACAGUCCGAUCGACAUUACGGCGCUCGGAGAGGCCUCUGCCUCCAUCGGAUCACUGGCCGACGUCUCCAUGCCCGGCAUACCUCUUGACCAAUUGAAACAGAUGCUCUCUUCGCAGCUCGAAUACUACUUCUCCAGAGAGAACCUAGCCAACGAUACAUAUUUAUUAUCUCAAAUGGAUAACGAUCAGUAUGUACCAAUAUGGACAGUAGCAAAUUUUAACCAAGUCAAGAAGCUAACUAAAGAUAUCAAACUCAUAACGGAGGUACUGAGAGAGUCUCCCAAUGUCCAGGUGGACGAAGAAGGGCAGAAAGUAAGACCCAAUCAUAAACGGUGCAUCGUUAUUCUACGCGAAAUACCGGAUAGUACUCCACUGGACGACGUUAAGAAUUUAUUCUCAGGAGAGGGAUGUCCUAGACUCAUUUCGUGUGAGUUUGCACAUAAUAGCUCCUGGUAUGUGACUUUUGAAUCCGAUGAAGAUGCUCAAAAGGCUUAUAGGUUUCUACGUGAAGAGGUUCGAGAAUUUCAGGGAAAGCCUAUUAUGGCUCGCAUAAAAGCUAAACCAAUGAACAGGCUACCUAUCCCAGCAGUUACUGGCGUUGGUGGGAUUAAAAAUGGAUAUCGGACUACUCCACCUCCUCCGCCAGUUUAUGAUCCAAGCAACUACCCACCUGGCCAACAGCGCUUUAUGUACACAACAAACGGCAAUGCAAUGCCGCAAACUACUAUGCCACCGUAUGCGAAUCCAGUUAUAUAUCAUCAGCCAUUUUAUCCUGCUGGUAUGAUACCUUGGACUCACGGCAGUCCCACCGCUUAUUUUGAUAUGGGUGUGUUUACGAUGAACGGAAUGGCGCCACAUGGUUCAUUCAAACCACAUAACACAAGAUUCACUCCCAGAAACAGAAAUAAACAAAGGAAUGGAUCUGAGAGAGGAGGUUUAAUGGACAGUGGAGGUGGAGGAGGAAUGGGUUCCGCAGGCCGAUCUAACCAUCCUCUGAUAAGGGGGGGUCCAAUGGUAUCUGGUACGAGCACAUCGGCUUCUUCGUUAAGCUUGCCACCAAUGAAGCCAACAUCCUCAUCUUCCUAUCAGACUGGCACAAAGUUCCACUCUUCCCAUGCGACAACGUUGUCGGGAGGAGAGCCUCCUCAGUUCAGUAGCAGCAGCAGUGGAAACAGCAGCAGCAGCAGUGGCGGCAGUCACGUCAAGGCAUUGAUAGAGAACGAUGCUCAGGGAAUGGACUCGCCUAUUCAGUUUCCCCGCCAUCGUACACAUCGCAGGCCCAAAGACCAAGACGCAAUGUCAAAGGCGAACAGUAACCCGCUUCCACCGAUAAGAGAGUCCAAUAUAGCGAACAAUUCUCAAUACAAUCGUGGCGUACAGUUUGACUUGGAAGCAGCAGCCUUCCCACCACUUCCUGGCCUGGAUGCUGAUCCUGCCAAGCUGCACACCGCCUCAACGGAGACCGCCGCAACCGAUAGUUUGCAAUCGCACUGGGAGAACAGGCUUUCAGACGUUGUAAAAGGUACUGCCAAGCUGAAAAGCACAAAAGAUAAAGAGCCGACAGCGGGGGGGGUCGGUCAACAGCAUCAGGAGCAACAACAUCAACAACAACAACAACAACAACAACAACAACAACAACAACAACAGACCAGCAACAGCAGCAGGUCAGCAAGUCCUGGGUCAAGCACAGGAGGUCCGUCGUCGUCCGGUACCUUAGAGGCUGUCGCCAAUUCUGGCACAUCGUUGGCAGCACCCACCACCUCCACAGUCUCAAACUCCAAUUCCUCUGCCAGCAACACUGACUCUACAGACAUCGCUCUCAGCACGAUCACUCUCACUCCCCCGUCAUCUCCCGAUAAAUUUGUAAAGACUGAUGACACAAACAUGGUGAACGGCGUGGACGAGGCUAUUAGUACAAAUCCACAUGCGACGGAGGAUGUUGAACCGGUAACCAGCUGCAGCUGCAACGUCUCUUCUACGCACCAGAGUAACCAGAUACAAUCAGGAGUGACGUCGAGCUCUCUUAUAGACCUCACCAGGCCGAGCUAUGCUCAAGUAGCGCAACAUUGCCGGGAACUACGUUGUACAAAACACAAAACUGAUGAGAAGGAUGGAAAUAUGUAAGGCCGAUAUAUUUCACUGCAAUCAAUUUCAAUAAUUAGCAGUUACAUGCACCUGAAAAUGGGUUGGACGGGUCGUUUGCCAGCCGCUUUAAUCUUAAAGCGAGUAUGGUAGGCAUUGAAAAAACAAAUAACAAAGAAAAGAUUAUAAGAAAAAUGAGAAACGAACUUUUUACAUUGUAUACAGUGACUUUGCCUAUAUUAUACUAAUUGUGGCAUCGAUAAACGACAAAUGAUAAACGAGAAGAAAAAUCAUAAAACUAAAGGAGAAAAAUACAAAAAAAAUUAAAACAGCAGACAAAAAAAAAUAUAUAUAUAAAACCCAAAAAAAAAAAUGAAUAAUAAUUCAACAAAAACCAAGUAUUCAAGGAAACAGUAAUUUUUCCCUUACAAUUAAGAAAAUAAUAUUAAUUGCUGACAGGAUAAUACACUGUGUAGGAGAGUGUCGUCGGUACUUUGGUUCGGUCAUUUCGGAGGUAUAUAUUAGUUGAAAUU